AUGCUCUUUCCAGUCCGGACACAUGGCUUUGUUCCAUGGCCAUUGGGACGUUGUGGCUACCCAAAAUGGGCUGCCGCCAGUACAUGUAGUAGGGGCACUGCUUCGGCGGGUAGUAGGGUGUACUCUUCGACACGGGAAGAACGAACCAUAUACACCAUUGAUUCUCCGCCCACAGAUCCGAUGGCCUUGAGAGAAGUCGUCACCAAGCACUGCUUGUCGUUGGACCUGUUUCUCAGCAAGAAACCGAUUGCUUCUCACACAAUAGAAGCAUUUUCCAAGAUACAAGCCACAAUUCCCAAGAAUGCCACCUUGGUAUUGGACAGUGGGUGUGGAACAGGCCGGUCCACUCGACACUUGGCUUCCAAAGUCAUUGUCAAUGACAACAAGAACAACAAUACUUGGGUCUUGGGAAUUGACCGAUCCUUGGCUCGGCUGGAACGCAAUCAUGGGUACAGAACACAGAAUGCUAGUGAUGAUGAUGUGUUGGUAGACACAAGAAUAAGAGAUGAUGCAGAAUCAAACAAUAGCAACCCAAACCAUGUACUUUGGAUACGAGCCGAAUUGGUGGACUUUUGGCGUUUACUAUUACAACAUCAACAAGAGUAUCAAUGGAAUAUCCAGGCGCACUACCUCCUGUAUCCAAAUCCAUAUCCAAAGAACAAACGAUGGAGGUCUCGUUGGUAUGGCCAUCCAUCCUUUCCCCUGAUCCUGCAAUUGGGCGGGGAUAUAGUGAUUCGGUCCAAUUGGGAACUGUAUCUACAGGAGUUUGCGCAGGCAGUUAUUUUGGCCGACAAGUCCUAUCCAAACACUACGACAAUCAGCAGCAAUAACUGGGCACGUCCCUACGUGGAAUCGGCCAGAAAGGGCCCUGUCAGGCGAGUGGUUGCCCCAGAAGAUGUUCGUACUGCUGGAUGGAGCAACUUUGAACGCAAGUACGACCUGGAUGGUGAACCAACAUUUGAACUGGCAUUGACCAGGUCUUGCAGUCCAUCGACGUGA